AUGCAAUCGGAAAGAUGGGCGUUUGGCGCGGUGCAAACGGCUUCCCAGGCUGCAAGGACGGGCCGGCGUGCCCCUGUGCGGCGAAUGCUGUCCGGGCUAGCUGAAGAAGACGCCGGUCAUCAUAAGGAGAUGGUCCUUCUGCUCAGUAGGAUCAUGUCGGAUCGUCCUGACGCUGGAAGGGAAACAAUGCACAAGCUCCAGGUGGAGCACAGAAUCGACCUGAUCACGAUACUCGGCUCGAGACCGUGGGGAGACGACAUGCUGGGCGACGCCAUGUGGUCGUCAUGGGGAAGGAUGAGGGACGGGGCGAUAUGCUCCAUGCCCCACGGAAGCGGCGUGUAUGUGGACUAUAAACAAGACGGAAGCGUGGCCGAGGUGGGCCUCAACGGCUAUUUCCCGACCUGCAACGUGACCCAGAGCAGAAGCGGACGCAUCGUUACGGAAAGCUCAGCAGCCGAAGCAGCGGCCUUGCUCAGCACUGCGCUGGUCGCCGUGACCUGCGCCGGCGAGGAUUAUCAAAAGUACACAUCGGCCCUGGGCGACUUCGCCCGUAGGUGGCUGGCGCAUCUGGAAGGCAGCCUUGGAGCCCAGGAUCUGGGCGACAUGUUGGCUUGGGGCGGGGCGCUGCCUGUGGUGACCAUGGUUGGCAUGCUGGAGCCGAUACCAGAUGCGGCAAAGAACCUAGCCGUGGCUGCCAGAGACGUCCUGGCGAGGGGCGGCAUGCAGUCCCUGCAAUGCCCGAUACUCAUGUCCCCCACGCAGACGGACUAUUGCGCCAGCCUGCGCGCCGUGGGAAGUGUGGCCCACGGAGCUCAACCUCUCAGGAUAUACGAUUCGGCCACAGAGCAGAUCCGCAGGUAUGAAGGAGGGGCGCCGUACUGCGCGGUGUCCUACGUGUGGAAGGAAUGGGAUGACGACCAUCUGAGGGCCAAGCUGAGAUGGUACGCCGCCGACGGUCAAGGGAUCUUUUGGGUGGACAGGUGGUGUAUAAACCAGUUCGACGACGAGGAAAAGGCAGACCAGCUGGCAAAGAUGGUACAUAUAUACGCCCGAGCCGCCGAGACGCUGGUUCUGGUCAAGUCGCAGCAGGACAUCUCGGUGACCCAGGGCUGGGACGACCUGGGAAGGGCCUGGGAAGAGGCGGCGUGGCACACUAGGGCCUGGACCUACCAAGAAGGGGCAUGCAGCCACCAUCCCGUCGUGCUCAUACAGGGACCCAGCGAAUCCAUCAGCCUGGAUGCCGCCCUCGUCGAGGUGGCCGCCGAGUGUCGGAAGCACACGGAGACUCAAGGGUUCGCCUGGCCAUUGAUGUUGAGCCUGGGGCCACUGUCACGGGUGGUGGGCAGGAAAUGCCUGAUGGGCAAGAGCCGUGGUAUUACCGCGUGCCACGCAAUCGCACCCACAGCCUUUGGCAGUGUAGGGCUGGAGGCGCUCGAGUUCGGCAUAGUCCAAAUCGGAAACGUCAUGGAUGCUUUGUUGACCAGAGAGAGCACGAGUCCAGACGAGGUGUUCCGAGCGGCACUGCCAUUGGCCGGAAUCAAGCUCAAUCUAGUUCUGGAAGGCAUCACAACACGUAAAGACCUGCUGACGCAGCUGAUAAACGACGGCCACAUCGGUACCAACAUCCUGGCCUGCUGCGGAGAGCUCGAGUGGGAUGGAGAGUGCAGCUGGGUGCCUUCGUACGACAAGCAGGAGCCAGGCCUUCCGAGCAUCGGUAGGGCAGACAGCUCCAGUUGCCAUGCAUCCGUGGUGGAUGGGCUCCUGUGCUUGAAAAUCCGGGAUAUCAAGGCUCAGGAGGCGCAUGACGAGCCACUGCCUCUGCGCUGUUUGAGAAGCGGAAAAUUGCUUACACUGCAAGGCAAAAACAUCCGAUGGUUCGCACUUGUGACAUAUGCUGGAGCUGCAAACGGUGUGGUUGUGAAAUACUCACCGGUGGAACAUGAUGACGGCAGAAUCUACGUGACUGGGAAUUAUUUGGCGCUCAGGGUCGUCAAGGACAGAGAGCUGGGAAGCAGCAAACAAGUUGCCAUUAUGAAUGAUAUGUUUGGGGGUGCCUAG